AUGACUGUGGACGAGUAUCUGGCUAAGUUCAAUGAGCUAGCCAAAUUUGCACAUUUUUGGACUGUUAGACCUACACUAGAGUUUUUUGCUUCUAAGUUUCGUAGAGGCCUGAAUGAAGAGAUAGCAGACAGGAUAGCUGGAGCUGCAUCCAGAUACUUUGGCACAUUGAUUCAGCAGUGUCGUGACAUAGAGGAUGUGUGUGUGGUCAGCAAGGCUAAAAAAGCCAAGGUAUCUGAGGAAAAGGGAAUUAGUGGUUCCUAUCAUGGGAAGGACAAGAGGUAUGGCGGCAAGGGCAAGGGAAAACAGUUACAAGCCAGACAACCGUUCAACAAGUUCAAGAGGACUUCUACACCGCAGAGGGGUUUUACCAUACCUCAUUCUUCUCCUAGAUGUGCAAGAUGCGGGAAAGAGCAUGUGGGACGUUGUGCCACUAGUGAGCUGCUAUGUUACAAGUGUGGAAAGAGUGGCCAUCUAGCCAAGAAUUGCUAUACAUUAGUUGCUCGGGCUGUAGUUGCCCAAGCUACACCACUACAGAUGAUUUCAGCACCCUGUACCGCACCACCUGCUGCACCACCAGUUAUGGGUCGAGUGUAUACCUUAGACCGCCGGCAGUCGCAUAGAGAUCCGAACCAUGUGAGAGGUACCAUUUCCAUUGGUGGUUGUUUCGUAGAUGUGUUGUUUGAUUCUGGUGCUAUGCAUUCUUUUAUUACAGACCUGAUUGCUGUGGGGCUUAAGUUGCCCAUUUCUGUGCUUUCUCCACCUUUACGGGUUACUACUACCACUAGAGAGAAAUGCGACGCUUCAUCUAUUUAUCGAGAUGUGGCAUUUCAAUUGAAUGGUAGAGAUUAUUUAGCAGAUCUCAUUUGCCUACCCAGGGUCAACCUUGAGACCAUUUUGGGUAUAGAUUGGCAGUCCAGAAAUUUUGUGAUGAUUGAUUGUUUUGCAAAGCAAGUGGUGAUGUCUCAUUGUGAUAACACUACCAGUUCUUUUCCUUAUUUAUCAGUGCUUCAGGCUAGGAGAGCCUUAAGAGCAGGGGCAUAUAGCUAUGUCAUGUUGGAAGAUUUGGUGAGUGGGACACAAGGGGAUAUUACUGACAUUACUGUGGUGAGGGAAUUCCUUGAGCACGGUGAUGUUAUUUCCCGCAAACUGGAGCGAGAUCGCGCCACUAUGGCGCGGGAUUACGCCACUUCUCUGGAAAAUGGCCCCGGGGGAACUGGUGCAGCUCAGAACCAACACCCGUGCGGAUUCGUGCCAACAAGCUUUUAA